AUGGCGGCCGUAGGUGCAGUUCUCCUGGAAUCCAGGCCUUUUAGGCCCUUUAAGUCCUCUGAGGAGUACUUGUAUGCCAUGAAAGAGGACCUGGCUGAGUGGCUGACAGUCCUGUACCCUGAACUGAGGAUCAAUGCUGACAAUUUUCUCGAUAGAUUGGACACUGGCGUCGCUUUGUGCAGGACAAUAUUAUGUCUUGAUUAUUUGUUCCUUUUAUUGAACGAAGUAAACAAUUGGCAAGAAUAUGACACGUUCUCACCGAUUCCUGAAUCCAAUUCCCAUGAGGCGUUUAGAAUUUUAAGCAUGGCAACAAUGUAA